GCAGUUGUUAAUGGUUACUAAUAGAGCAUAUUCCAUAGACAGGUAGUUUAGAAAAUUCCAUAACCAUUCUCGCUACAGACGCCUCUUCCUAACCAUCGGUUGACUGAGCCGAAACAAAGGCGUCACUUUUUUUUGUGAGACAAAGCCGGUUCGUACUUCAUUUCGAUAGCUGGCAGAGAAGAGACUUUUUCGACUACUCUUUCUUGCUGCACCUCUUUCUUUUCCUCUUUCUCCACUUUUCCUCUGUCACAGAGUACAAUUUCCUUUACUCCUUUAUCCCAACCCUAUCUUUUCUCACACUCCUGUCAGAUUGACGCAUCACGGUCAUGGGCAAUUGUGGCAGUUCCGGCAAUGUCGAAUCUAGCCGGAGUAAGCAGAUUGACAAACAACUCAAAGCCGAUGAGAAAAAAGCCAAGACCGAAGUCAAAUUGCUUUUGUUAGGUGCUGGAGAAUCCGGCAAAUCCACUGUUCUCAAGCAAAUGCGCCUGAUACACGCUGCUGGUUUCAGCUCUUCAGAAAAAGAAGCAUACAGAAUAGUGGUUUUUGAAAAUAUAGUUUCCAGUAUGCAAUCCAUGCUUGAAGCAAUGGAGAUUCUACGUAUUGAAAUGAAUAAUCCACAAAACAUGGCCUACAUACCAUUAUUUCACGAUAUCCCAGUCGUCAAAAAGGGUCAGCCUUACCCAGACGCUUACCUUCAACCCAUGAAAGAUUUAUGGAACGACUCGGGUGUUCAGCAAUCCUACAAAAUGGGCAACACGUUUGCACUUAACGACAAUGUCACAUACUUUUAUCAUAAUUUGGAUCGACUAUUUGCCGUAGACUAUAUACCAACUGACAGUGACAUCAUACGAUGUCGCAUCAAGACAACAGGCAUUGUGGAAACUGUCUUUCACCUUGGGCCCUUGACAUAUCGCAUGUUUGACGUCGGGGGCCAGCGAAGUGAGCGUAAGAAAUGGAUACACUGCUUUGAAAAUGUCACAGCUCUUAUUUUCGUCGUGGCCAUCAGCGGAUAUGAUUCUUGCUUAGUGGAGGACAAAGAUUCGAAUCAAAUGCAUGAAGCGCUCAUGUUGUUCGACUCCAUAUGCAACUCGUCAUGGUUCACCAACACAUCGAUGAUUCUAUUUUUGAACAAAGUGGACAUCUUUGCACAAAAGAUCCAACAUUCGCCGGUGUCUAAAUACUUUCCAGAUUACAAAGGACCUGACGAGGACUUGGAACAGACCAAAACAUACUUUCGAAAACGCUUUGAACGAUUGAAUCGUUCUGAAAAGAAACAGUUGUACCCACAUUUCACAGAUGCCACCGACACGAAGCAGUUGGCUCAUGUCAUGACAGCGGUUUCGGAUAUUGUCCUGAAUGAUAACUUGCAAACGCUACUAUUGUAACUUACUACCCGUGGUAUCCACUUUACAAGAUCACUUCACCUUCCUUUUUUUUAUUUCUUGCGUUGACUGGAUAGCCCUCUCCUUCGCUUUAUUGUAAACCCUUUGAUGGCGGCGACAUUUUUCUUCCUGUUUAUUAGAUGUGCUCUCUCACCAGCCUUUGAUUUGUUCUUCUAAUUGUUUCCUUAGUUAGCAGCACUCAUAAUGUAUUACUCAUUCCUCUUAUUAUUAUUAUUAUUCUCUCAUAUGUUGAGUUCUUAUUCUCUGUUGUGCUAUACUAUAGGGGAUUUGUGUUUCUCGUCGUCGACGAAUAUGAGUCG